AUGGAGGGGUUCCCAUUCGCAGCUCCCGUUCUAGGCCAAGUUCACAUCGCAUUUGUGAGCGAAUAUUCGUCCACGGGUGCCUCAACCGUUAUCCUCAUUCCUCUCCGCUAUUCACUUUCCGACAAAGAAAGAGUAGAUAGUCUCAGUAGAGACAUGCAUCGAGAGCCUCGGGUGCGACAUUCGGCCCUCCUUGCUGCUACUGUUGCUUCGUCUGCCUGGAAUGCUUUCGUGUGGCUUGACUUGCUUGACUCGGCGUCCCAUCCACCUACGCUCCAGUUCUCCUCCCAGCGCCGGCAUCAGCUCCGUCUCCAAAGGACUGACAGUCCUCCAAACUCCAACCACGAGUACCCAACUCAGACCCAGACCCUGAGACCCCUGGUGGUAGACGAGGGGCAUGUUUGCUUGUUUGCUCGCUUAUCAGAAUUGCUCAUCUUGGAAUCGUCAGAUUACCAUGCACGAGAGCUCUCGCCAGACAAAAGUAGAAGCCCAUACGUCCGUACGGAACGUGUCACAAUUCUGACCCCUUGCUAG